AUGGCUUCCUCAUCCGCCGAGUCAGUGGUAGCAGAAGAGAUGCAGUCGCCGGUCGGCUCUCCCCAAAGCCCAUCACGAAUGAUCCCGCCACCCUUCGAAGAGCAGCUCCAACCACGCCCAAAGCUCAAGGGCCGGCAACGCCUGCUAGCUGGCUUCCAGCGGAUCUCGUCCUCGCAGUCAGUGUCACGCAUGAGCCAGACACGACCGCGAGGCUAUAGCGGCAAUGGGAAAGGAUCCAUUUCGUGCAUCUCGCUGUCUUCUACUCCUUCGCUUGGCUCGUCUCUUACAAGGGAAUUCUCUGCGGGCUACUCGACAGCACCUACUUCUGCGGUGACGACACCUGGGAUCCAGAUCCCGCCAUUCGACGAGCGCGCGAGGCUGCGGUAUCUGUCAAACCUCGAGAGCAAGAGCUCCGUCGGCGUUCCAUCCGACGUCAAGGUAGCUGCGAAGCCAACCAACACACCCGGCAUCGCAGAGGUAGAUGAGGACUACUUCACGCGGCCAGUCUCACAGCAUGCCCAGCCAGAGAAAGAUUUCAACUUCUGGCGAGACCUUCCUUCAGAGCUCAGAAUGGAGAUUAUGAGCUACCUCGAACCAAAGGAGAUCGUACGCUGCUCGACUGUUUCCAAGUCAUGGCAUCAGAUGUGCUUCGAUGGUCAGUUGUGGGCUAUUUUGGACACCUCUGGGUUCUACCAGACGAUCCCUGCAGACGCUCUUGUCAACAUCAUCACCUCGGCUGGACCGUUUGUGCGAGACCUGAACCUGCGAGGAUGUGUGCAGCUCCGCGAGCGAUGGCAUGCGAAAGGCUUGUCGGAUGCUUGUCGGAACUUGGAAAACUUCUGUCUGGAAGGAUGUCGCAUCGAUCGCACGUCAAUCAACAACUUCCUCCAUCAAAACAGCCGACUGGUGCACAUCAACCUGUGUGGAUUGGCUGGAGCCACCAACGCUGGGCUGAAGAUUGUCGCGGCUAACUGCCCGAAGCUGGAAUACUUGAAUAUCAGCUGGUGCAACAACAUCGACACUCGCGGGUUGAAGAAGGUCAUUGAGAGCUGUCCGAACCUGAAAGACUUGCGCGCGAGCGAGAUCAGGGGCUGGGACGACGUUGACUUUGCGAACCAGGUCUUCCUGCAGAACUCUUUGGAACGCUUGAUCUUGACACACUGUGACACUCUGACAGACGAGGCUCUCUCGGUGCUGAUCGAAGGCAAGGGUAGCGAGGUUGACUAUCUGACUGGCAGGGCGAUUGUACCUCCUCGAAACUUGAAGCAUCUCGAUCUCACACGCUGCAGAGGCAUCACCGACCAAGGAGUGAGGACGUUCGUGAACAACCUCCCAUACCUGGAAGGUCUCAAUCUCUCAAAAUGCACCGGCAUACUGGACGCUACCCUAACGGAGCUGCUCCCAACCGUGCCCCUCCUCACCCACCUCGACCUCGAAGAGCUCGAAGACCUCACCAACCUCGUCCUCCAAACCCUCGCAGACGCCCCCUGCGCCGACCGCCUCCGCCACCUCAGCAUCUCCUACUGCGAAAACCUUGGCGACACCGGUAUGCUCCCCGUCCUCAAAUCCUGCACCGCCCUCCAAUCCCUCGAAAUGGACAACACCCGCAUCUCCGACCUCGUCCUCACCGAAGCGGCCGCCAUGAUGCGCGCCCGCUCCGCCCGCGUCGUCUGCCAGGACAAAACCCUCCACAAACCCACCACGGGUCUCCGCCUGGUGGCCUACGACUGCCAGAACGUCACCUGGACUGGCGUGCGCGAGGUCCUGUCCCGCAACGCCGAGAUCUUCGUCUCCACGCACGCCACCGAGCUCCCACCCCUCGACCGCACCACUGCCUCUUCCUCUGCCUCUUCGUCGGCGGAAAAUCUCCCCACCAUCGCCACUCCACCCCGCAUCCACAUCGUGCGAAGCACCUCCUACCCCGCCGAAGUCAUCCAGCUGAAAUGCUUCUACACCUACCAACCGACCGUCGAAGAACACACCAAACGCGUUCUGCGGGGUGACUUCCUCUCCGCUCGCAGGCUCGAGCGGAAAUGGGCGGAAUUCAUGAUCGCGCAGGAAGAAGCUGGGGCCGCGGGGGCGGGAAGUCGGAGGCGGAGAAGGAGGGCGAGGGAGGCGCAGAUGAUGCAUGCGGAUGAGGAGGACGGGGCUGUGGCGGGGACGGGCACUGGAGGGGUUGUGGGUGCGGGGCGGAGGCGGAGGGCGAGGAGUGGGGGGUGUAUGGUCAUGUGA